UCCUAAGCAUUCUCAACCACAACCACAACACCAAAGAAAAGAACGGAAAAGAAAAGAAAACAUAUCUCAGUAUCAAUUCUCUCUUCUCUGUGAUUCUCUCUCACCCCUCCUUAUUGGGUCGGGGAUAACCGGUGUUUGGCGCCUUCAACGCCUCGGGCCUCAGCUUUUCUCCGUGGUCAAGCCGUCAUCUUUUCGCCUUCGUUUGGUUACCUAGCUUUAUUUGAAUUAUCUCUUGUGAUCUCGAGUGACGGAGGAAGCUAUUUCUUCUGUUCCUCGACUCUUCGCGUGACAAGGUGUCUAACCGCCGACUUCCUUCUCUCUACUUUCAGGUCUAUCGACCCUGGGCCUGCAUUGAAUUUCCACGUGUCAUCUCCUUCCCCAAUUCCACUCUCUCCCGCCGCUCGACGACAUCCAUGGCGUCUGAAUCGCUGGAAUCGUCGAGAGGCAAGUUCCAGGAUCGUACCCGGCAGGACUCGACCGCGGACAACACUCCGCAUGCCGCUCGUGGUGCCAGUGCAACCCCUACGCCAAUGUCUUGGUUUCCGCUAGGCUACCGAGAGGGGUUCAGCCAGUGGUGGUCUUCUAUCCCCGCAGCCGCUGCUGAGCAUAAAGUUCUCUCCUAUCUUCCUUACCUCCAGCAUCAACCCCCGACGCACUUGCAGACGGGAAAGGUUGUCGAUGGUUCGAAUGGGGUACCCGGUAGCCUACAGUCCGCGGAUCAAAGCCAGCAGGGCGAGGUAGCAGCCAAUUCCCUCAAUGACCCCUACGGCCCUCGACGAUGGCUUUCUAGCAUGGUCCAGCUGAGCGGCAAAAAUCGCGCUCUUAACGAAUUCUCCGUGGAACGAAUUGGAGAAGAGGUGGACCAGCAUUUGGUCAUACUUCACGGUUAUGGAGCAGGGCUGGGAUUUUUCUACAAAAAUUUUGAACCCUUGAGCCGAUUGAAAGGGUGGCAACUGCACGCCCUCGAUCUGCUUGGCAUGGGUCGCAGUACCAGACCGAAUUUUCGUAUCAAAGCAAAGGCCCGGGAAGCCGCUAUCAAAGAGGCAGAGGAUUGGUUUGUGGAUGCGUUGGAAGAAUGGCGUGUCAAGCGCAAAAUUGAACGCUUUACCUUACUCGGCCACAGCAUGGGUGGCUACAUAGCUGUAAAUUACGCCCUGAAAUAUCCAGGACAUCUCAACAAGCUCAUUCUGGCCUCUCCCGUGGGGAUCCCAGAGGACCCGUACGCUGUGGCAGCAGAAAUGCCCGAGGCGCAGCAGGACCAACCCAGCAGCGCAAACUUGGACGCAGGAGCGCGUUCCGGUGAUGUACCAAAGGGAGACAACAACAUCCUCCUCAAAGGCCCUCCCACGGACUCUGCAUCUCAGGACCGUCCCCCCCGCCGCUCAUAUCCAAAGUGGUUUGCCUACCUAUGGGAUGCAAACAUCUCCCCAUUCAGCCUUGUCCGCUGGGCCGGACCUUUUGGCCCUAGACUCGUCUCCGGCUGGACGUCCCGCCGCUUCUCCCACUUGCCCGCUGACGAAGCCAAGGCUCUCCACGAUUACUCCUACUCAAUUUUCAGUAUGCGAGGUAGCGGGGAGUACGCACUCUCGUAUAUCCUUGCCCCUGGUGCAUUCGCGCGCAAUCCUCUCAUUCGACGAAUUGAAGGCGUGGGUCGACAACUAAUCCCAUCGACCGUUCCUUACGCCAACAACACAGACAGCAGUGCCAUGGUCUCGGGAAACCCCAGACGCGAAAAUGGUAUCCCGGUGAUCUUUAUGUACGGUGACCACGACUGGAUGGACUAUAAGGGCGGAGUGGCAGCCACGGCUAAAAUUUUGCAAGAAAAGCGACGCGUUCUUGAGAAUGCAACACCCGAAGAGCGAGAAGCAGAUAAUGGAUCCGCUAAAGUUGUCAUGAUCAAGAACUCGGGUCACCAUGUCUACCUCGAUGGAUGGGAGCAAUUUAAUGAUGUCGUUUUAGCCGAGAUGGAGGAAGUAAGCCGGACAGAACGGACGAGGGGGCUAUGAUUUGCCUCCUUUGCCUUAAUUUCUUUUUUAGCGUUUUUGUUGACUUUGGGGAUUUAUUUGGGAUGUAUAGAUUUUUUUGUCGGCCGGCGGAGAGGUCUGCCUGGCUGUCUACGGAGUUCGGUCAUGUGGUAGAUACAGGAAGAUGUACAUAUAUAUAUAUACACACAAGAUAGAAGAAACAUUGUCGUCAAAGAAUAUGAAUUUCAUCACUUCAUUAUAUC